UUUAUAUUUUUUUUAUAUGAUUUUUUAAAAAAAAACACACUAUGAAGCAUUUGCAAUUUGUGCUCGUCCUGGCCAUCGCGGUCAACGUGUGGGAAUGUGGGGACGCGAAAUUCGGCGAGAGGGGAGAAAUUAGCCCCAGGAGGAGAAGAUGUUACGACGGAAGCUUGCCCAAGCGGCUGAAGAAAAGGGAGCGAAAAGUGUUGCUUGACGGCAGCAGCAGCAGCAGCGGAGAAGUUUGCCACAGGUUGUAUCCCCGUGUGUCCUGCUGCCCCACCAGGAGAGCCGCCUAUCAGAUCCUGCACCGCAGGGACGCCAGGAUUUUCUCCACCAACAACACUGAAUGUGGACGUCUCCUGGAGGAGAUCAAGUGUGCUCGCUGCUCCCCCAAUGCCCAGGUGUUGUUCCACUCCUUGGACAUGGAUAAGAUGCCACACAGGGAGCCAGACCUGCCACGGCUCUGCCAGGACUUCUGCCGCGAGUUCUACUACACCUGCAGGGGGCACAUACCAGAACUGUUCCAAGCUGAUGUGGAUGAGUUCUGCCAAUACUAUGGGAGGAGAGAUGCCAGUCUGUGCUUUCCAGAUUUUCAGCGAAAGCAACCACAAGGGCAAGAUUCCAACUACUUGGGAGAUGAGAAAAUAGAAGAUAUGAGGAGGAAACUCAAACACAACUGCUACUGUGCCCAGGAGGUGUUGAGUGGUCUAAGGCAGCCGGUGGCCGUGGUGCACUGUGGGGAUGGAUCCCAGCGGCUUUUUGUCCUGGAGAGAGAGGGAAUUGUCAGGAUACUCAACCAUGACCUUGAGCUAAUCAAGGAGCCAUUCCUGGACAUCCACAAGCUAGUGCAGAGCGGUCUAAAGGGUGGAGAUGAAAGGGGCCUGCUAAGCCUGGCAUUCCACCCCAAUUACAAGAAGAAUGGCAAGCUCUACGUCUCCUACACCACCAACCAAGAGCGCUGGGCCAUCGGACCACACGACCACAUUCUCCGUGUGGUUGAAUACACCGUUUCGAGGAAAAAUCCGAACCAGGUGGACACCAGGACUGUGCGGAUGCUGAUGGAAGUGGCAGAGCUGCACAGGAAGCACCUAGGUGGUCAACUCCUGUUCAGCCCCGAUGGUCUGUUGCACAUCAUCCUUGGAGAUGGCAUGAUCACCCUGGAUGAUAUGGAGGAGAUGGACGGACUCAGUGAUUUCACAGGGUCUGUCCUGAGGGUAGAUGUGGACACAGACUGCUGCACAUCACCUUAUUCCAUACCACGGAACAACCCUUACUUCAACAGCACUAACCAGCCACCUGAAAUCUUUGCCCAUGGAUUACAUGACCCAGGCAGGUGUGCAGUGGAUCGUCUACAGACGGACAAUGGGAGUUUUCUGAUCCUGUGUACAGAUGCCAGUGGCAAAAACACAUCAGCAGGAAGAAUACUGGAGAUUACUAAGGGGAAAGAUUAUGAAAAUGAGCCUUCCGUUUAUGACCUGCAGUCCAGUGGAGGAGCACCACCUGUGGGGGGUUUCAUCUACAGGGGCUGCCAGUCUAGAAGACUUUAUGGAAGUUAUGUGUUUGGAGAUAAAAAUGGUAACCUGCGGAUCCUCCAGAAGUCUACACUGUCAACAUCAGCAAGUGGUGAACAGUGGCAGGAGAAAGCUCUGUGCCUUGGCUCAGCUGGCUCCUGUGGCUCUACGCUUGUGGGACACAUCUUGGGCUUUGGAGAAGAUGAACUAGGUGAAGUCUACAUACUGGCAAGCAGUAAAAGCAUGGUGCAGUCACACAGUGGGAAACUCUACAAGCUGGUAGACCCCAAAAGGCCUCUUGCCCCGAAGGAGUGCCAACGUCAGGUGGAGCCUCCAGAGCUGCUGAUGACAGCUUGUUCCAGACACUGUAAGAACGGACACUGCACUCCUACCAAAUGUGAACCGGCCUGCCGCAACGGAGGAGUGUGUAUGGAGCCCAACAAGUGCCUGUGUAAGAGCGGCUACUCUGGGGCCCAGUGUGAGAAGAGUGAGCACGGUAUGCCCAACGACCAGGAGAAAGACGGCAUACUGGACCACAUCAUUGACAUGACCUCGUACCUCCUAGACCUGACCAGCUAUAUCGUAUAGGGGUGCGCGGAGGGGGGCUGCUCCCCGCUGUCAUCCUCAAGUUGAGACAAAUCUACCUACCACCACCAGCAGACUCUAACGAGGUGUCCUUAAUAUGGCCUCUUAAUCUCCCUCACACCCACGCAGGCAUGUGUAUACACACACACACACCACACACACACACACACACAAAGACACACACACAGGAUCCACGUCAGACUGCUUUUCAUCCUCAUCACCAAACUCUUCCUCUUUCGCCUAUAAGCUACUUGCUCUUGAGCACCAGGCCUGGCAUCCAAGCCGUGUUCACUGACCUGCAGACAGCAGCAUGGCCAAGUUAUGGAAGUUCCACUAAGACAUUUCGUCUGUCGUUCAGAAAACGCUUGCACACGGCCGACUCCGCGGGAACAGGAACUCCACAGGAACUCCACAGGAACAGAACAUUUUAACUCAAGACUUUGGAUCUUUUUCAGGGGCUAUCUGUUGCCUUACUUAAGACCCCUCAAACAAAAAAGGAGUUAUAGGCAUUGCAGUGGAGACAGUUGAUUGUUCAGAGGUUCUUUAAGGAUUCAAAAUUGUGAAGAGUGGCAUGGCUCAAGGUUCAGUUUGUGCUCAUGGUCCGUUCAAAAACCCAAGCAAAAUAAAUGUCUACAUAUACAGACUUUGAAGGAACACUCUGCACCUCUGCCUCAGUUAUUAAAAGCUGAGAAGUCAGUGAGAGUCAAGGGUCACAUAGAGCCUGCAGUGCUUUGUGCUAUACUAUUCUAAAGGCACUAAUAAAAGAGAGAUGAACCAUGUUGUCUCACUUAUGAUGUUGUAUUUAGUUUGUGGGCACAUUGUCAUAAAAAGCUAACAGUAUACAGUAUGUAUACCUUAUUUUGCAACACUCACUCGCUAUCAAUGUACAGAAUGGAUCCACAAUAGGGGACUGUUACCUACACAGAAAUAGUGAGAACAUUUUGUCAAAGCCAGUUUCAUACAAUCUGAACGGAGUUAUUGGCUCCCAUGCACUGUAUUCAUUUUUUUGUUUCAUUCACUUUAUUAUUCAAAAUGAAUUUGUCAUUAAAAGCGCAAUGAGACACAUUCACACACAUACACACCACAUUUUCAGAGGUAUGGUUUGACAAAUUCCUUUCAUUGCGUCACACACUGAAACUGAACUCAAAACUACAAAGGGAAGAGAUGGCGCGGUGAUGUAUAUUUCCAAUAGAGCUUACCUAAGUACUACUUAGCAUUGCAAAAAAACUAUAGCAUUACUAUUGUUAUCAUAGAGGAGGGUUUAUUUUUUUAAGCGUAAUAAUAUAUGGGAGAGAAUGGUGUUUAUAGAAAGCAGUUUUACACUAAGCUUGUCAGCUCAUGUCAUUUUCAUGUUGUACUUAUACAUAUGCAGCUUUUUUUUCCUCUGUUAAGAAAGACGUGUGAGGUGUGUAAAAGUAACGCAUGUCUGUGCCUGCGUAGAGUAAUUCGCAGCAGUUGGCAGUCCGUCUAAUUCUUCUCCCUGACAUGUGGUUUCAUUAGCUCUGUCAGACAUGUGUCUCUGUUGUGAGAUGAUCAAAGAUCCUGUUGGGCCACCAAGUCACUGUGGAAGCAGUUCACAGUCAGAGGCAGAUCUUAAGAUUAACAUAAGGAUCUGUCUAAUGGAGAUAAGAUUGAAUGUUUGCAUUUGACUCCUACAUGUCAGAAAACAGUUGAUUGUCUGGAGCCACAUUAAUGUGUUGUUUCUUUUCAAAAGACAGACUGAAGUUCAAACAGAUGCAGCACAUACACACACAGCCCCCAUUUUCUUUUAAACUAAUAACUUGUAUUAUUGAGAACCCACAUUUGAUCUUUUGCCAUUUAAAUUCCAUAAAAUUAGUCAUUUGAGAGAACCGUCAGUCAUUGUUUUUAACAGUUUUGAAGGCACAGUUGCAGUUUUGCUCUAUUCCAAACUUUUAUUUUGAAACAAAGACAAGUUUCCAAGUAUCAUGGUUAAUUGAAGUUCAGUGUCCGUAAAGAUGUAUUUUGUUCAUCUCCCGCCUUGCUUGUGUUUGCUGAAAUAAAUCAACUCUACCUGGUCAAAAUGGAAUUCAUGCUGUAAAAUGGAAAAUUAUAAUUUUUUUUAGCACUUAAUGUGAAAGUUGCAUUGUAGCUGCUGAGACGGCGUGGUGUGAAUAGAAUAACCAUUUUCAUUAUUUAAGUAGUUACACAAAUAAAAUAAUUAUUUAAGUUCUCUAUGUUGUUUUUACCAUUGUACUGUAUGUGACAAUUUUUUUUAUUCCUGUAUUGUAAAUAAAACUAGGGAUAACUUUGUUUCUCUACAGAAAUAUCAA